UUCCCCACUUUUUUAAAAGCUUUAGGGAUUGGCUGCUGGUGGUGAAGGCCAUCUGUCUGGGUGCUUUAUCUGGAUUUUAUGGUGUGAGCCUUAGGCCAACUGUGGCCACCUGCAUGGGAGUUAUUGCUGCGAGCCGUCAGACUGCAUGUCCUGAUUUUCUCAUGUCAGAGCAACACAACAUGAGGGAAGGCGAAAGCCACUGUAAAUUCACCUGUCAUCUGACGAGGAAAUAGGGUGCGUGUGGGGUACAUCAUGGAGUCUGUGGUGAGAUUAAAAAAUUCCCUGAGCAUGCCCAUCAGGAAGCUGACCAGCUGUGUGUCGGAGGUGAAGGGGAAGAAGCUGUGUGCCAAACGUAGGAACAAGAGGGGGAGAUGCGGCGGGAGCCGAGGAGGAUGCGUCAAGUUGGGCAAAACGUCUCCCCCCCGAGCUGCAUACCCCAAAGAUCUGUCUAUCAUUUGCUCGUACCAGACAGAGCUGGAGAAGGAGAGAAAGCUGCGGGAAGCCACGAAGGCCCAGAAGAAUGCAGAGAGAGCAGCGAUGAGAGCUCAUUUCAGGAGAAAAUAUCAGCUGUCUGAGAACGCGAAGGACACAAACCACCUGAGGUCAGUCGGAGGCAAAGUGUCACUCCCCCACGAGCUAUCGACAAUAAUUCAUCCUGAAACCAAAACCAAGGACGAUGGCUUCAACCUGCUGAGUGCCUUUCAAGGCCUCAGCUUCAGCACAGCGGUGCUCACAGGGAGGAAACGCAGCGGGACGCCUACUCCUGCACCAGCAAAUGGGGGAUCUUGUAAAAUCAUGUGAUCAAUAUGUAGUCACACCAAUGAUUAUUACACUCUCUUAAUAAAAAGAACAGCAUGGGAAUUUAUGACUGCUGCUUUUAUCUAAACUGAAGUCAGUUUUCUUCUUACAUAGCUCUGAUAACUUGUAACAGGUGAAUAAGUCACCUGUUUUACUUAAUAAUAACAAAUACGCCAGUGUAAAAUGCUUAUUUUAGGUAUCGAUUAGAUAUACUCAAACGUUAUUAUGAGGUGUUGAAUUAUUGGUCAGUACAUGACAAAGUACAAAUGGGAUUUUACACAGUCCUUUAAGAGUUUUCUCCUCAUUGAAAAUGUUGAUUUUAUACUGUUUUAAUAAGCUGUUGCAUUAUAUUGUGAUUAUAUAACAAAAUCAAUAGUUGUAGAUGUUAAAACGGGGCACAUCCUGUCCUGGUGGUGUUUCACUCAGACACCGUGUUUAGUUUUUUAUAAUAGAAGCCAAGCUAGUGCGCAGAGCUGUUGGUCUAAAUGAUAUAGAUCCAACUAAGAGAUCUAUACACAAGUGAGGAACCUCAGGGCAACAAAACAACAUGAAACUUUCUUAUUUUGUAUGAUUAUGUUAGAAUUUGUCAUUUUUUCUUUAGUCCUUUCUGCAUCACAUCUACUGUAUGUGAUGUGUAUGAGCCAAAUCUGCUAGUUUGUGCUUUGUUUGUGUU